AUGAACUUGCUCAACAAGGCCAAGAGCUACGCCCCCUUCAACCUCGAUCUGAACAAGCUCUCUCUCUCCAAGGCCGCCGAUGUGCCGGACAAAGACCAGAUCCGAUACGCCAGUUCGGCGGAGGUUGUGCCCCGGAACCAGGUCAAAUUCCACAUUGAUGGCUGUGCCUAUUUCUGGGCCGUGUCCGAAGCCCUCCAGGCCGCGAAGAAGUCCAUCUGGAUCCUCGGAUGGUGGGUGUCGCCAGAGGUGUAUCUCCGCCGGCCGCCGUCAGAGAAUGAACAGUAUCGGCUGGACCGGAUGUUGCUGGCGGCUGCCCAGCGGGGAGUCAAGAUCAACAUUAUUGUCUUCAAAGAGGUGACGCAAGUCAUGUACCGCCAAGUCUCGUCUAAACAUACCAAAAACGCCCUGGAAGCGCUGCACCCCAACAUCUCCGUCUUCCGAUACCCAGACCAUGUGCAGGGCGCCUCCAGCCUGCUCUCCUCCACCAAGAGCCUCUUCCAGAGCACCAUGGCCGGCGGAACAGCCGGCCUGGGCAAGAUCUCGGACGAGACGCUGUCCACCCUGUUCGCGCUCGCCGGCGGCCCGACGCUGCUCUGGGCGCACCACGAGAAGCUGGUGCUGUGCGACGAGACGCUCGCCUUUGUCGGCGGCAUCGACCUGUGCUAUGGCCGCUGGGAUACCGUCCAGCACCCGAUUGCAGACGCGCAUCCGGGCAAUCUCGAUGCGAUCGUGUUUCCCGGCCAGGACUACAACAACGCCCGCGUCAUGGACUUUAAGCAUCUGGACAGAUGGGAGCAGAACACCCUCAGCCGGCUGACCACCUCGCGCAUGGGCUGGCAGGACAUCUCCGUCAGUCUGACGGGGCCGGUGGUUGCGGAUAUCUCACGGCAUUUCGUCCAGCGCUGGAACUUCAUCCACGGGUUGAAGUACAACGCCGGCCUCCGCACCCGGCAGUAUGUUCCUCUUCAGACCUCAGCUGUACAGCCUCUACAGGCUGCGGCUGCGGAUGUACAACCACCUGGCAUGACGUGCCAGCUCGUACGGAGUGUGUCGCGAUGGAGCCACGGCGUGGCAACGGAAAACAGCAUCUACAACGCCUACCUCGGCAUCAUCGAGAACAGCCAGCACUACGUCUAUCUGGAGCAGCAGUUCUUCAUCACCUCCACGGGCAACUGGCUGGGCACCGUGUGGAACCGAGUCGGAGACGCCCUGGUGCAGCGCAUCCUCCGGGCCGCCAGGGAGAAGAAGCGAUACCACGUCAUUGUCAUCAUGCCCGCCGUGCCGGCCUUCCCCGGCGAUCUGCAGGCCCUCGUCGCCGGCCACCCGCCGCGCGCGAUCAUGAAGCUGCAGUACAAGUCCAUCAGCCGCGGGGGGUUCAGCAUCAUGGACAAGCUGAAGCGUGCCGGCGUCGACCCCCACGAGUACAUCUCCUUCUACAACCUGCGCACGUACGACCGCAUCCGAUCCGACAACGCCGGCGAGAGCGCCGCCACCGCCGCGGCGUAUAACCAGGCCAGCCAGGAGCACGACGACAUCGUGGACCCGUUCGGCCUGCGCGCACAGCAGGAGAUGGGCGAGUUCGACGGCGUCGAGAUCACCCCGGACCACGCCGCCUACAAGGCCUACCAGUCGCACUCGACGGGGCGCACCGACGGCGACUCCGUGAGCGCCUGCUACAUGCUCGGGGGCGCGCGCAUCGACGAGAUCCCCGACCGCGGCACCGGCAUCGACGCCUUUGUCUCCGAGGAGCUGUACGUGCAUUCCAAGGUGCUGAUCGCCGACGACCGCGUCGUGCUGUGCGGCUCGGCCAACCUCAACGACCGCUCGCUGCGAGGCAGCCGAGACUCCGAGAUGGCCCUCGUCAUCGAAGACGAGACGCCCCUCGACAGCCAGAUGGACGGGCAGCCGUUCCGGGCGAGUCGGUUCGCAGCCACCAUGCGUCGCUAUCUCUUCCGCAAGCAUCUGGGCCUGCUCCCGGCACAAGACAUGCGCCGUCCGGAUAGCCACUUCUCGCCCGCCCCAGGCCCGACAGAGUACGACUACGGCUCGGCCGAGGACCAGCUCGUGGAGGAUCCGUUGAGCGAUGCCUUCCGCACGCUCUGGCAGCAGACGGCGCAGACCAACACGCUCGCCUUCCGGAAGGUGUUUGCGCCCAUGCCGGACGACACCGCCAAGACGUGGCUGCAGUAUCAGACGCUCUUCUGGAAGCGCUUCAUGGGGCCCGACGGCCUGCACAUGGCGCAAUGGGGGCAUGUCGCCAAGAACAACUUUGCCGGCGGCGAGCAGGGGCUCAAAGAGGUCAAGCAGGAACUAGCCAAGAUCAGAGGCUCGCUGGUCGACAUGCCGUUGCAGUUUCUCGUCAAUACCGAUAUCCAGAUCGAGGAUCCGGGCUACAACAUCAUCACCCGCCAGGGUUAUGUCUGAGUACUGUAUCCCUGAGACAUCCAUUUAUCCAUACGAGUUAGGGUUAGGGUUAUCUUGUCAAAUAAACCUACCCAACCUAUAUGUAUACAAGUACUAGGUCUACGGCCUAUAUUGUAAUUGUUACACUAAUCUAGAUUAUGAAAGAAUUAUCUAGGAAUUACUUAGGAAUCACGC